AUGGAUAACAUGUCUUAUCCUGUGAUAUUGACCCUUAUGGUGCCAAAAGAUACUAAAUCAUAUAGGCAUGUAUAUUUUACUUGUUUUCUUGCCUUAUAUCUCCUUAUACUGUCAAUUAAUAUUCGUCUUGUUAUGGUCAUCAUCAUGGAGAAAGCUCUUCAUGAACCAAUGUAUAUAUUUCUGGGUCUUCUGUGUGUAAAUGGGGUUUAUGGAGCCUCAGGAUUCUACCCUAAAGUUCUGUCUGAUUUAAUAUUGGAUUCAUAUGUGAUCUCCUCUCACAUGUGUGCUUUGCAAACCUUUGUUAUCUACAGCUCUUUACUUUCUGAGUUCACAAUAUUAACAGUGAUGGCUUAUGAUAGAUAUGUAGCCAUAUGCAAACCUUUAGACUAUCAUUCAAAAUUAACUAAAAACACCUGUGUGAAAUUAAUUCUGUUCUCAUGGAUUGUUCCUAACUCCUUGUCAGCUGCGCCAAUCCUGUUAUCAAACCUGAGGCCCUUUUGUAAAUAUCACAUUGACAAAUUAUAUUGUGACAACUGGUCAAUUGUAAAACUGUCUUGUCUAUCAAGUUCUGUUAACAAUGUUUUUGGAUAUGCCAAUACUGUUAUAUUUUCAAGCUUUAUAGUUUUUAUCAUAGUGACUUACAUUAAACUGAUCAUUGCAUGUAAAUUAUCUUUAGAAAACAGAAGGAAAUUCUGGCAAACAUGUCUGCCACAUAUAUUAUCACUGAUUAAUUUUACUUUUGCUUUGCUUUUUGAUGUUAUGUAUAGUAGAUAUGGUGCAAAUGACAUUCCAGAGAGUUUGCGUAAUUUUUUGGCUCUAGAACUGCUGAUAGUCCCACCUGUGUUCAAUCCUCUAAUCUAUGGGUUAAAUAUUAGAGCAGUGCGCACAAGAGUUUUCACUUCAUGUGUUGCAUCAAGAGUAAAUGUUUCACAAAACAUCAAAACUUAA